UCUGACGUUUCUGUAAAAUGUGGUUGGAACUUGGAGUGGAAUUCUAAUUCGUGAAUGUGAAUUGUGAAAUGAAAGGACUGAGAGGAAAGGUUAAAUUAUUGCAAUUAUUUCGCAGUGAAUAAACCGCACUGCACUGAGGCUUAGUUUACCUUGACACAGCCUUGAGUUUGGUGUGGAGACGUUUGGAGUUAGAUUUAUCUUCUAAUCCUUCACAGUAAUUUAUCAAUACUAUGGCUGAGACUCAAGAUAAUCUUUUGCAAAAAAUUAAAGAUCAAGGUGAUCUAGUGAGAAAACUGAAAGCGGCUAAGGAAUCUAGUGGAAAGGGUAAAUCGGCUACAAAUUCGUUACAAGAUUUAGAAGAAAUUAACAGACACCUCUCAAAAUACAGUUAUAUAUCUGGCUUUGUACCGAGUAAGGCUGAUGUUGAAUUGCAUUAUAACCUAGAAAAUAAUUUAGAUUUUCGAAAAUAUCCACACAUAAAGAGAUGGUGGUACCAUAUGCAGAGUUUCAGUGACUCAGAGAGAACUCUGUUCCCUGUUAAUCAUCCAUCAUAUGCAAUAUUUAAUGUAAUGCAGGGCAAAAAGAGAAAUUUUGAUCUUGAGAUUCAAGAGGAAGUAUCAAAACUGCUCGCUCUAAAGGCACAGCUGGGAUCCGAGGAUGCUGCACCAUCAAAGUUUGUUCUCAAAACACCCAAAGGCACAAGGGAUUACAACCCACAGCAAAUGACAAUCAGGAAUAAUGUGUUACAGAAGAUUAUAACUGUUUUCAAAAGACAUGGCGCUGAAUGUAUUGAUACACCUGUUUUUGAAUUGAAGGAAGUCUUAACAGGAAAGUAUGGCGAAGAUUCAAAAUUGAUUUACGAUUUGAAAGACCAGGGUGGCGAAAUCCUGUCCCUAAGAUAUGACUUAACAGUGCCUCUAGCGAGAUACUUGGCAAUGAAUAAAAUCAAUAAUCUGAAGAGAUAUCACAUUGCCAAAGUUUACAGAAGAGAUAACCCAGCUAUGACCAGAGGGAGGUAUAGGGAAUUCUAUCAAUGUGAUUUCGACAUAGCGGGACAGUACGAUUUGAUGGUUCCGGAUGCGGAAUGCCUACUGGUUGUAACGGAAAUAUUAAACUCCUUAGACAUCGGCAAGUAUGUGCUUAAAGUGAACCACAGGAGGUUACUCGACGGAAUGUUCGAAACAUGUGGAGUACCAGCUGAUAAGUUUCGUUCAACCUGUUCAACCGUCGACAAACUUGAUAAGUCACCAUGGGAAGAGGUUCGCACGGAGAUGAUCAACGAGAAAGGCGUUACCCCCGAAGCGGCUGAUCGUAUCGGCGAGUACGUCCGACUAAACGGCAGCUCGGAGUUAGCUGACAAACUAUUACAAGAUGAGAAGUUGUCUAAAAACAAAAGCGCUGUCGAAGGGUUAGAAGGGAUCAAAUUGUUGCUCCACUAUUGUGAGCUUUAUGGUAUUAAGGAUAAGAUUUUAUUCGAUUUGAGCCUCGCGCGAGGCUUGGAUUAUUAUACUGGAGUUAUUUAUGAAGCUGUUUUAACACAGCCGAUCAAAAUUGGCAACGAAGACCAAACAGUCGGAUCCAUAGCCGGCGGAGGGCGGUACGAUAACCUUGUUGGAAUGUUCGAUUCGAAAAACAAACAGGUGCCAUGCGUAGGCGUCAGUAUAGGAGUGGAGCGCAUAUUCUCAGUGCUUGAGGCGAAGUUGGCGGCGGGCGACAUCAGCGUGCGCACCAGCGACAUCGACGUGUACGUCGCCUCCGCGCAGAAGAACUUCCUCGAGGAGCGCAUGAAGAUCUGCGCUGAGCUGUGGAACGCUGGGAUCAAGACCGAGCAAUCCUACAAAAAGAAUCCGAAAAUGCUGAACCAACUGCAACACUGCGAAGAAAACGGAAUCCCCCUCGCUGUUAUCCUCGGUGAAUCGGAACUUAAACGCGGUCUGGUAAAGAUUCGUAACAUAACAACUAGACAAGAGGACGAAAUACCUAGAGACAAUCUCGUAGAAGAACUGAAAUCUAGAAUUGAAGUGUUAGAUAUCAAAGAAAUGAAUGGACCCAUUCGCAAAUAAAUUAGUAAUUAUAGAAAUUUGGUGCAGUUUCAUUGAUGUAAGCUAGAACAGGGUUUCUCAAACUUUCGGCUCCACGAACUGUUGAAAUGUCCAAGUGACAGCGAACCCCUUACUAAGUAAUGGGGGGGAACCCUCCCCCCCCCUCAACAAAAAUUUUUAUUUGAGUGUUGAAGAAAAUAACGUUUUUAUUUGAAUAAAAGGUAACACAUAAAGUACCGAAAGAAAUGUCUUUGUAAUAUUAAUGUGAUGGGUUUGCUUGUUUCUUGUCGCAAAUGGAUUCAACGUUAGGAGUAAUUUUGGACAAUUUUAACCUUAAUUCUGACUCGGUAUCAGUUAUCAAACCACCAUUACGUAAAUCUUGUCGCGAACCCCCUGCCGUCAAAUGGCGAACCCCUAGGGGUUCGCGUACCCCACUUUGAGAAACCCUGAGCUAGAAUAUUGCCUCGAAGAAGAGCGUUUAAAGUGAGUAUUAUGUGUAUCUCACUAAUAUUAUAAACGCGAAAGUUUGUAUCGAUUUGUUACUCUUUCAUACAAAGUACUAUUGCAUGGAUUUGGUUGAAAAAUUAAUGGAGAUAGAUUAUACCCUGGAAUAAAAAGUAUGUAUGUAUUAUAUACUUUUUAUCCCAGUAAAAGUCGUGGUUCCCUCGGGAUUGUAAAAAACUGAUUUUUUGCGUUUGUAUAAAUUAAUAACAUUGUUUAUUAUACCUAAAGAUGAUUCACCACGAGAUUCCAUACGUUAAAAAUAGUGUUGUAAAAGACUCGAGUGUUUAAAUUUUUUGCAUAUGACAACCUCGGGUACAAUUAGGAAUGGUUUUAUAACAAUAACCAAUAGAUCUUAGGUUUGAUUCCUAGCUUGGGUCAACGUAAGAUUUCAUAUUUUCUAAAUUGGCUUAGGUUUGGUUGGUUAGUAGUUUUUGACCGACCUCUUAAAUUGAAAUGUUUUUUUGGCUGUAUUUUUUACAACUACAGUACUGAUACUAUUAGUUAUAUUGUAAAAAAAUCCAGUGACGAGUAAUGGCAGGCGUCCACAUUUCCUCAACGUACGUAUCGGACGCAUCGCAUCUACGGAUUUUAUCCGUCCGAUACGUACGAUGCGGAUGUCGUGAUCGAUAAUGUAUAUUGAAAUGGAGGCGUUAAAUCGUUCUGAAAACGACAAAAUAUCGUCUGAUAACAAUAGUUUAUAGUAUUUUUUUUUUAAUUUUUAAUAGUGUUUUGUAUUUUAUAUUUACAUUGACAUUGUUAAAAAUUAAAAAAAAGAACUAAUAAAUAAAUGAGAGAGAUACAGUUUAUAGUCAUUAUAAUGCGAACUGCUAAAGACGACGUAUCGUCACGAUAUAGUGCGAACGGGCCUUAACUUCCAUUUUCGAUACAAUGUUUGAUAUGUACAAAUAUUCAAGUGAAAUAUUUUUGACGGAGUAUAUAAUAUUAUGCAUACCUAUUUAUAGUUGGAUGCAAUAUUCAUGACGUCUCAUAUAUAAGCUGUGGGUGUCGCUACGCGCAGGUCGCAUAUAAAGUCAAGGCGCAUGUGAGGACUACGGGUGGGAGAGAGGCGCGCACGGGGUGAUGCCUUGCCGCCGCGCCGCUACGCUACCGCUGAUAUCUAAAAAAUUGUUAUAUUGUUUUGCGCAGCUGUUCCGAAAUGUCAUAAAGAUUGCAUAAACUAUACUUACACGGUAUGCCGAUAUACUAUAAGUUUUAUAAGAAAACAAACAUGAAAAUCAGGAAAAUAGUUUUAGUUAAUCUUGAAUUUGUCCUAGACCUAUUCGGUAAUAGAUAUGAGAAGCGAAUUGUGUGAUAGAUUUUAAUUUAAAUUCUUUCUUUGUACAAAAAACAUUCUGAAACAGAAUUCAGUUUUUUAUUUGGUAAUCUAAUUAAGGUAUUUCCGUAACUUUUCAUUGUAUUUUUACAAUAACAGUUCACCUUCACACUAUUAUCAUCAAUACUUUUGAUUCCUUUAUUUGUAAGUUUUACUUACGACAUUUAUUUUGGUCACUGCUCUUGCACUAUUAUUUUCAUUUGAAUGGAAUUCUGAUUUAGUACCAAAAGAUUUAAUUGUUAUUUUAUCUUUAACCACUGCCUGUUACGAUAUUGAUCUACGAGUAUUAGAUCUCACAAAGAGCCUGGCAUAUGAAUAAUUGUUUAAUUUAUUUAUAUUUAUUGUGGAGUAUUACGUACGUUUUGUAUACGGUUAAGUAUAGGUCGCGCCAAUCUUAGAGCCCGUUCUGAACACAAGGCUUAUUUCUCUUGCGUAGUAUAUGAAAACAUAUCCCAACCGAGUUAAUAAUAGUUGCGCUCAGCCUCAGACCAAUUAUAGAAGGACUAGUACCGCACACAAAUUCACGAACAAAAUAGUCUGUCAUGAGUCAUGAAAACGAGCUUAGCUAAUAAUAUAAAAGCGAAAGUUUGUGUGUAAGUGUGUAAGUAUGUUCGUUUUUCUUUUACGCUGCGGCGAUCUACUGAAGCGAUUUGGCUAAAAUUUGGAAUGAAAAUAGAUUUUAUUCUGGAUUAACACAUAGGCUUACUUUUCAUCCUGGAAAAUCCAUGGCUCCCGCGGGAUUUGUGAAAAACUUUCGCGGGCAUCCGCUAGUUUGGUAUAUAUCUUACACUGAACUAGCAGUUUUUGCUCAUUUUAUACACCCUUCAAUUGCCCAAAAAGGUAUUUUUACGGCAUGUGUCGAUGUUUCAUAGUUGUAAUACGAUUACAACUAUGAAACAUCGAUACUAUAAACAGUUUUUAUAAUAGCAUUAGAUCAUUGAUCAUAUACUUUAUGACAGAAAAGUAACGUCUAGCGAGGCAGGUCCUAUACAAUUACAGGAAUCGGAAUUUGGCGUGACCUACAUGUAGUAAUAAGGCGAUUUAUAAUAAUAAAAAUCUGAAUUAAAAAUCUUUGUUCCUGCAUUUUGCAUUUCGUUAAAUUUUCGUGUGUCUUUUAAAUUUUUAAAUAUUUUAAUUUAAAGUAAUAAUGCAAUAUUAAUACAAAAUACAAGAUUAGGAGCGAGUAAGUCCGUUAAUUUUAUUUUAAAAUUAAUUUAUUAUUUUUUGAUUUCAAACAGCUAACUGUAUGAUUCGAUAGAGUAAUUUAUUUUCUUGCUACGUGUAAGAUGCUACGAAGUAAGUAUGUUGACUUUUAACAUGAUUUUUUUUCAUUGUUUGUUUGUAUUUUUUUGCUUAAUAUUUGUAAAGUAUUUAAUAAAAACUUCUUUCUUA